AUGGAGGACAACGCGUUCUUCAACCUUGAGUCUGUGUCGGGGAUGUGCUCGUCGAUCAAGGCGGCGGGUGAUUUCGACUUCCUCGGCUUGACAGUCCUCAGGCCAAAGGGCACCACCAUCAGCAAAGACCUUGGGCUUCGGAGAGUCACGAAAGCUAAGGUUCAAGAGCCGAUGCCCAAUGUUUGGCUGUCCAGCUACUUGGUGACGGGCGCGGGCGCCGCCAAGCUGCUGAAAUGCAUCAAAUCUCAGAGGCAGAACUACGCCAGCAAGAUUAUCGACCGAGUCCUAUCGCAGCAGUGCCUGUCUGGGGACAAGAGCAUCAAUGCCUUCGUGAUCGACCAUCACCGCUUCUUCGGUCACUCGGAGUCGGGGGGGGAUUCACGAAAGAAGCUGAAUUCCAAGAGACCUUCCAACUCAACGCGCUAG